AUGAUGACCGAACACAAGUACAAGGUUCCCAGGCUCAUCGUCAACUGCUUCAUUCGAUACUAUAGGCACAAUAAUAAUGAUCUGGAUCUCCUAUGCGAUAUCCUGUUCGUAUUUAUCGGUCGAUAUGUGACUGAUUUUAGCUUCGUUCGAGAAUUUCUCGAAAAAGAAGUGAUUCCGGCAUAUUCGAUGGAAUGGCGAAGAAAACUGUUUUCCUUCGUGUUGGAGAAGUUUGAAGCUGGUGGAUCAACCGUAAUCAAAGAUCUCUUGUAUGUAAAGAUUCUACAGUAUGUGCUGAUUCCAAGUCUACAAUGGGCUUUUGAGCGAUACAAUGUGGAUGAGAUACUAGGUGUAUUACAAAACCCCCAGGAUCAGCCGGAAAUGGAUCCUGAUGAUUUGGUUUAUCGACUGGCUCAUAUUAUUGACCAAAGUCGGCAGGUCAUGAGUGAUGGCAUUGUUAUAGCUUUAUAUCAGCUCAGUACACUGCUCGUCAAGUAUGCACCCCGUCAUGUGCACAAUAAUGACUCGAAGUAAGU